CACACACACACACACACGCUCUCUCUCUCUCUCUCCCCCUUCCUCACCUUUUUCUUCUCUCAUAUUACCCGCUCUCGGUGGCUUUCUGUUAUUCGCAUUCACCUACUUGCCACUGAUUUCUUCAUCCAUGGAGCUAGAGCUCCCUUUGUCGUGUUCCCCUCCCCUCGUUGGCUCUUGACUUGUAUUCGAUUCAGCAACCCACCAUGGAUUCCCGCGAGGCUUCUCCCGCCCACCUCGACCAAAGCUUCAGCGACCCUGAUUCUAUGAAUCUCCCUCACAAGCAACUCCCGGAUGAUUUACCCAAAUCAUUAGACGAUCGUCGUUCUGUACCUAACAUGCAGCAAGAGACAGAGAUGUACGAUGCCUGGCAAGGUCAAUCCCAGUUCCUUACUCCUGUGGCGGCAAAACCGUUAAGCUUUAAUCUGGCCUUGGACGACCAUGCGCAUGACGACGAACACAGCAUGCACGCGCAUUACGGGCUCGGUUUCGGAUUGACUACGGAUGACGAUAACGAAUCGACCCUUACGGCCCGAUUGGAGGAUAGUGAUGCUCGGUUGAUGGAGAUGCUUGCUGCGCAAGCUGCCCACCGCGAGGUGGACUCGCUGGAUGCGGACGAGGAUGCAAUAGCAACGGAUGAAAAGCUAACAGAUGAGAAGAAACGUGAUAUUUUACAACGGAAUUUGAAUAUGGCUGCUAGUAACGGCGAUGUUGAUCGUGUACGGAAAUUGGUGCAGGGGAAAGCGAAGGAUUAUGUGGAUGUUAAUAUGCCGGAUGAGGAGGGCACAAUACCCCUGAUAUAUGCUAGCUGUUUUGGACAUCAAGAUGUUGUUGCGGCGUUGCUUGAAGCCGGCGCCCGCGUUGAUCAGCAAGACCGGAAUCAAUGGAGUGCCUUGAUGUGGGCCAUGACGAACAGACACAAAACGAUAGCGAAGAUUCUCCUUGAUCACGGCGCCUCUCCGGAUAUCAAGUCCUCAUCUGGAGGGACGGCGUUUGACUUUGCUCAGCCAGGCAGUGAGAUCUCUGAGUAUCUACAUGAAAACGGCUACAGUUUCGGGCCGAGUGCCAUAGAGGAUGACUUUUACGACUCUGGUUUUGCGCAUAGUCGGUUUGAAGAAGAGAUCGCUGAGAAUGAGAUGAAGCGGCGGAUGAUGAUGGAGGAAAGCGCGAUUAACCUGGAAGUUGAUUUGUCGAGCUUGGGCCUAGAUGAGAAGUUUGACUCCCUAGACGAAGAGGAGCUGGAAGCAGAGCAGCAAGAAUUUGUCUGGGAUCGAUGUCUAAAUGACCAAAUGUUCGUCUUUCAGGACCAUGAGUUGGAAAGAAUCCUUAAUAUUAUUAUCACGAACAUGACACCGCAACGAUCGCCGUCACAAAAGCCCGUUCCUGCGAAUCUUCUUUUCCUCAGUGCGCGUUAUGCCCACUACCAUGCAAGUCCAGAACUACUGGCAACGCUAUUAGUUUCGGCGACGGACAAAAUCAACGAUGUGGUUGAGCGUUAUCAGUGGGACAUGACAAUCCUUGCAUUUUGGAUGUCUAAUGCCACCCUUCUCCUUCAUUAUCUCAAGAAAGACUCCGGACUUGUUGAGGCGACUGUAGAAUUUCAACUGCACUUGGCUGAACUCAUUAAUGAGAUUUUUAUCCUCAUCAUACGCGACGCGGAAAGACGAAUGAACAAAGUGCUGGAUUCAGCGAUGCUAGACCAUGAAACAAUCCCGGGGCUCGACGAUAUCCCAUUCCAGAACGAAUGGAAGCUCUUCCGCUCCAAGAACAAGUCGAAAGUCCCUGAACCCGCCGAGAAUCGAUUCCGACCACCAUCCCCCAGGCGGCGAGCGCAGAUUUCACCCCGCAAUAUCACCUCACUUUUGUCGUCCACUCUGUUUGUCCUGGAUCUCUACGACGUACACUCGGUCAUCAUCUCGCAAAUUCUCUCUCAACUCUAUUACUGGUUAGGGGCUGAGCUUUUCAACCGUAUUAUGUCCACUAAACGUUAUCUGGCCCGAACGAAGGCGAUGCAGAUUCGCAUGAACGUAUCGACCCUAGAGGAUUGGGCACGUACGAACAACCGACAACCGGAACACUAUGAGAACGGAUCCACAAUAUGCACUGGAGAAAGCACAAUAGAUUCCGCCCGAAGGCAUCUGGCACCCGUGAUCCAGCUUUUGCAGUGGCUCCAAUGCUUUUCCUCGCUCGGGGAUGACUUUGAGUCUCUUGUAACCACAUUACUACAAUUGCAACGACUUACACCCGCCCAGCUCCUCCAUGCGGUUAAGUCCUAUCGGCCGGAAGUUGGGGAGAAGGGCCUGACCAAGUCGGCGAUGAAAUUCCUGAUGGAGCUCCAACGGGACCGGGGCCUACUAUACAGUGAAUAUGCGAAGCUCCAGGAAUCCAAACAACAGGCGGAGACCAAGGGUUCGGAGUCCAAGGGAGAUGGACGCCCGCAAACUCCUCGCCAAGAUCAAGGGCCAGCUGACUUGGCGGGCUCCCCCGAGACAUCAGCAGCUUCUCUUGCAUCCCUCGAGUCAAGCAUUGCUUCUCCUCUGCCGGGAGCAUCUGCAGGGUUCGAUGAGCGCAGCGAGAAUACUAACGCAGUAUUUCUGGAUCCCGCGAUGACGCUACCAUUUUCUCUUCCCACAAGCACGGACAUGUUGAUCAGCUAUGGGGCAGGCUGGGGCGGAACUAAUCGAGAGCGCGCGCGCAAGUACAUUCCGACGGUGCCGCCCGAGGUAUUGACCCGAUUUGAUCGUGACGGCUAACGAAUUCUUGGAAAGGGAAAAGGAAGGGGGGGGGAUGAACCCACUAUGUUGGGUGAUGGUUGAGACCCAAAGGGAUAGUUAACUGCAUUCGAGUAUAUAAUUUUAUUUUUGUUCUGAAGCAAGCCAUGGAUUUGGUUGCGGAGCAAUGGAGGACAUGCAUGUUUUCUAUUUCAAUCAUAAUAAUGCUGAUGAAUCAAAUGACAGAGAGCAUACAUACAUCGGCAUGUACAUACAUCUAUCAUACUAACCAUCGGUAUUGACCGGUUGGGUUGAAAUUUGAGCAGGCCAUACACAGUCCAGGAAGUGAAAUAGUCCCGAGUCCAUGAACAAG